CCCAAUGCCGCGCUUGACGGCAGCCGGAAAGCACCGUGCCGCCAACAGAGAGAGGGAAAGCGCGCAGCCCCAACGCUGGUACAGGCUGUCGCCUGCUUCCCGCGCACUCUCUCCUAGGGCUAUCCCUCUGACGCUUGGAAGGCCACCGAGCCAGGUUGAAGAUCGCCCUCCCGCUCACUUCCGGCCGGCGCGCUUCCCGACAGUGUCGCGCGGGGGAGGCGGGGCUGGCCGGGCGGAGCUGACAGGCGUUCCCGGGGGCGGUGGCCAAGGCGGUGUCCCCAGCCUGACGGUCAGGGCGACGGGGCUCAUGGCUGAAGUGAGCUGGAAGGUUUUGGAGCGAAGAGCCCGGGCCAAGCGCUCAGGCUCAGUUUAUGAACCUCUUAAAAGCAUUAAUCUUCCAAGACCUGAUAAUGAAACUCUGUGGGAUAAAUUGGAUCAUUAUUACCGAAUUGUCAAGUCAACAUUACUGCUGUAUCAAAGUCCAACCACAGGUCUGUUUCCUACUAAAACAUGUGGUGAUGAUCAGAAGGCCAAAGUCCAGGACAGCCUGUACUGCGCUGCUGGGGCUUGGGCUUUGGCUCUUGCAUAUAGGCGCAUUGAUGAUGACAAGGGAAGGACCCAUGAGCUGGAGCACUCAGCUAUAAAAUGUAUGAGAGGAAUUCUCUACUGCUAUAUGCGUCAGGCCGAUAAGGUCCAGCAGUUUAAGCAGGAUCCACGUACAACCACAUGUCUUCACUCUAUUUUCAAUGUGCAUACAGGUGAUGAGAUCCUCUCCUAUGACCAGUAUGGUCAUCUUCAGAUAAAUACAGUGUCACUGUAUCUCCUUUACCUUGUGGAAAUGAUUUCCUCAGGACUUCAGAUCAUCUAUAACACUGAUGAGGUCUCUUUUAUUCAAAACCUUGUAUUUUGUGUAGAAAGAGUUUACCGUGUACCUGACUUUGGUAUCUGGGAAAGAGGAAGCAAAUAUAAUAAUGGCAGCACAGAGCUACAUUCAAGCUCUGUUGGCUUAGCAAAAGCAGCUCUAGAAGCAAUUAAUGGAUUCAACCUCUUUGGCAACCAGGGCUGUUCUUGGUCGGUUAUAUUUGUGGAUCUUGAUGCUCACAAUCGCAAUAGACAAACUUUGUGCUCACUGUUACCCAGAGAAUCAAGAUCACAUAACACAGAUGCUGCCCUGCUGCCCUGCAUCACUUAUCCUGCAUUUGCCCUGGAUGAUGAAGUUCUGUUUAGCCAGACGCUUGAUAAAGUGGUUAGAAAAUUAAAAGGAAAAUAUGGAUUUAAACGUUUCUUGAGAGAUGGGUAUAGAACUUCCUUGGAAGAUCCCAACAGACGCUACUACAAACCAGCUGAAAUAAAGCUGUUUGAUGGCAUUGAAUGUGAAUUUCCCAUAUUUUUCCUUUAUAUGAUGAUUGAUGGAGUUUUUAGAGGUAAUCCCACACAAGUAAAGGAAUAUCAGGAUCUUCUGACUCCAGUACUUCAUCACACAACAGAAGGUUAUCCUGCCAUACCAAAAUACUAUUAUGUGCCAGCUGAUUUUGUAGAAUAUGAAAAAAGAAACCCUGGUAGUCAAAAGCGAUUUCCUAGCAACUGUGGCCGUGAUGGAAAACUCUUUCUUUGGGGACAAGCACUUUAUAUCAUUGCAAAACUCCUGGCUGAUGAAUUAAUAAGUCCUAAAGACAUUGAUCCUGUCCAGCGCUAUAUCCCACUACAGAAUCAACGUAACGUGAGCAUGAGGUUUUCCAAUCAGGGACCACUGGAAAAUGACUUGGUAGUUUAUGUAGCACUUGUAGCAGAAAGCCAACGCCUUCAAGUUUUCCUCAACACGUAUGGUAUUCAGACUCAAACUCCUCAGCAGGUAGAACCCAUUCAGAUUUGGGCUCAGCAGGAGCUUGUGAAAGCUUAUUUCCACCUGGGUAUCAAUGAAAAAUUAGGACUCUCCGGAAGGCCAGAUAGGCCCAUUGGCUGCCUCGGUACAUCUAAGAUUUAUCGCAUUUUAGGGAAGACUGUGGUUUGUUACCCUAUCAUUUUCGACCUAAGUGAUUUCUACAUGUCGCAAGAUGUUUUGCUGCUGAUAGAUGACAUAAAGAAUGCGCUACAGUUCAUUAAGCAAUACUGGAAAAUGCAUGGACGUCCACUUUUCCUUGUUCUCAUCCUGGAAGACAACAUAAGAGGUAGCCGAUUCAACCCCAUUUUAGAUAUGCUGGCAGCCUUUAAAAAAGGAAUGGUUGGAGGAGUCAAAGUUCAUGUUGAUCGUCUACAGACACUAAUAUCUGGAGCUGUAGUAGAACAACUUGACUUCUUACGAAUCAGUGACACAGAGGAGAUUCCAGAAUUUAAGAGUUUUGAGGAGCUAGAACUUCCAAAACAUUCAAAAGUCAAACGACAGAAAAGCACCCCCAAUACUCCUGAAGUGGAGCACCAACCAGAUAUCACCAUUAAUGAAUGGAAAAACAAAUCCACCCAUGAAAUUCUUCAAAAACUGAAUGACUGCAGUUGUCUGGCUAGCCAAGCCAUCCUGCUGGGUAUACUGCUCAAAAGAGAAGGCCCCAACUUCAUCACAAAGGAGGGUACUGUUUCUGAUCACAUUGAGAGAAUCUAUAGAAGAGCUGGCAGCAAAAAGCUUUGGCUGGCGGUACGCUACGGGGCUGCCUUUACCCAGAAAUUUUCUUCCUCUAUAGCCCCACACAUUACUACUUUUCUGGUACAUGGGAAACAGGUAACUCUGGGUGCCUUUGGUCAUGAAGAAGAGGUUAUCUCUAAUCCUUUGUCUCCAAGAGUGAUUAAGAACAUCAUCUACUAUAAGUGUAAUAUCCAUGAUGAGAGGGAGGCAGUCAUUCAGCAGGAACUGGUCAUCCAUAUUGGCUGGAUCAUCUCCAAUAACCCUGAGUUAUUCAGUGGCAUGCUGAAAAUACGAAUUGGGUGCAUCAUCCAUGCUAUGGAGUAUGAACUACAGAUACGUGGUGGAGACAAGCCAGCCACAGAUUUAUAUCAGCUGUCACCCAGUGAAGUUAAACAGCUUCUGUUGGAUAUUCUCCAGCCUCAACAGAAUGGAAGAUGUUGGCUGAACAGGCGUCAGAUCGAUGGGUCUUUGAACAGAACUCCCGCUGGGUUCUAUGACCGAGUGUGGCAGAUCCUGGAGCGCACGCCCAAUGGUAUCAUUGUAGCUGGGAAGCAUUUACCACAGCAGCCAACCCUGUCAGAUAUGACCAUGUAUGAGAUGAAUUUUUCUCUUCUUGUUGAAGACAUGUUGGGAAAUAUUGACCAGCCAAAGUACAGACAGAUCAUUGUGGAGUUACUGAUGGUUGUUUCCAUUGUACUGGAAAGAAAUCCUGAGCUAGAGUUUCAAGACAAAGUAGAUCUAGACAAACUGGUGAAAGAAGCAUUUCAUGAAUUUCAAAAAGAUGAGAGUCGACUAAAGGAUGCUGAAAAACAAGAUGACAUGACUUCCUUUUACAACACCCCCCCCCUGGGAAAAAGAGGAACAUGCAGCUAUUUGACAAAGGUUGUGAUGAAUUUGCUUCUGGAAGGAGAAGUCAAGCCAAACAAUGAUGGCCCGUGUCUGGUUAGCUAGUGAGGAAGGCAUAAGAAGUUCUGUUGAGACACAUUUUCUAGAAGUAUUUAAGUGUUGUAUUGACCCUUAACCAAGGUAGCCAUUAAUGUAUAGAAUGAUAAUGCUGGUGAGGUGGUUGCAUGCCCUUGGCUGAGUUCUUGGACUUCUUGCAUGCCAUAGCCAAUCUAAUGGUAAGAAGUGCUAUUAAUCAAGUGAAAAAAGUUUUCAUGAUUAUGUCAACUAUAAUAGUAAUCUUUGCUGAACAAUAGAAAUAGUUUGUGAAUUGAAAGUUUACCCCUGCAUAUUUUAUGAUCAAAAAGCUUAUCAAAAUGAAUCUUUGCUCUUUGGACUAAAUUCCCACCUUAAUGCCAUUAAAAUGAGUUUGCCAACUACUAAUGCAUACUGAGAAUGAAAAGAUAUUGAAAGAAUGAUAGACUUCUUUUAGUGGCAUUUAGUCAUGCUGGAAGAAGAUAUUAAUAUGCAUCAUAAAAGCAAAAUCAGCCAAAUGAUAUUUUGAUUCUCAAAAAUUGCAUUAUUGGUAAUAUUUUAGUAUACAGAGCUAUUAUACAAUUUUUACCUUGUAAACAUCAUUAUGGUUUUGUUAUUCGUGCUAACUGUAGGUGUUGAAUUGAAAUACAGUGUAAUGAAUCUAUACCUAAUGAAACAUUUUCUUUGAGCUCUUACUAAAAAUAGUAUGUAUAAGAUUGUUGGAAGUAUGGACUGUCAACCUAGCUUGUACGAAUAAAAACAAAAUUGAAAGUUAUUAAAUUUUACUUCUGAUUUAAUAAAUAUA